AGGCAUAAUCUUAGACUUAACCCGAAAAAGUGUGUUUUUGCUGUGAGGACGGGGAAGUUCUUGGGGUUCAUGGUCACGAAGAGGGGGAUUGAGCCAAAUCCUGAGAAGAUCAAGGCCAUUGUUGAGAUGCAACCCCCAACCUCGGUAAGGGAUGUCCAGAGAUUGACGGGGCGCCUGGCGGCCCUAAACCGGUUCUUGGCAAGGACACUAUUGAAGGACCUGACUGAGUAUGUGAUGGAGCAAAUCCCUAGGGGGGAGAACACCGAUGCUGACUUGCUAUCAAAAUUGACGCAAGCAGCCCCGGAGCAUGUGUCCAAGCUUGCCAGGAUUGAGACGCUGGAGAAAGCCAGCAUAGAAGGGUUUUCUGUUAGCAUGAUAGAGGAAGAUGGACAGCCCAAUCCAGAUCGAGUGGAGCCAGAUGAUAUUUGGAUGGAUGACUUGGUCAGGUACUAUAUGACCGGGCAAUUCCCUGAGGAUGAGGAUAGGGUGAGAAAAGUAAAGUUGAGGGCUCCAAGAUUCCAAAUGCUUGAUGGAAGGCUAUACAAAAGGGCAUUUGGCGGUCCGCUGCUGAGAUGCUUAACCAGGGCGGAGGCGGAAAGAGUGAUCGCCGAAGUUCAUGAGGGUGUCUGUGCAGCCCAUCAAAUGUCCAGGACACUCGCACAAAGGAUCAUCUUGCUAGGUUAUUUCUGGCCUACAAUGAACCAAGAUUGUGAGAAGUAUGUGCAAAGGUGCAAGAUCUACAAGUUUCCGGGAAGGCCUGCGACAUAUUACCACCCAGUUUCCAAUGUUAUUCCAUUCGCAAGAAAUGGAAUUGACCAGAACAUGAAAAGACCUGGACGCUGUCAACAAAGCCUGCCAGACCUAGACGUUUCUAAGGCGUUAACCAAAGACCAGGACAUGAGGUGACCUGGACAACUACAAAGGAUAAAGCCGGUUACUUCUUUUGACUUGGAAUCAAGCAUAUUCAAGAAAUUUGUCAACCAAAC